CAUGUACCCAAUAAGUCACAAUCGUGAAUUAUAGGCAACGAUCAAGCAUGGAAGCAGAUUCUCCAAUAGUUUGCGUGCUCAACAACAAGUGAAGAAGGCUCGGCGGAGCAUGAAGACCAGGAGGCCGCUGUGGAUGGGCCUUUACGAGCCAAGGUCGACUUGCGACGGUACUCGCCCAUGAUGAGGCCAGCCCACUCGGACGGGCGCAGGCCGCUCGAAGCGCGCAUGCUUGUACCAUCGUGGCUGCCGGGAGUCUGUUGACCAUCCAUAUAGGCUCUUUCAUCGAAGACGUUUCGUCGCUGACUGCAAUGUGAAUAAUGCAUGGGCUCUCGCGCAUUUGAGCGCCAGCUAGGAUGGAUCAAUUGUAUGGGAGCGAUUUCAGCACUCGAGCCUCUGACCGCGAUCGAUGCGUGGGCCACCUGUCCAGCAGUGUCUACUUCGCGUCGCACCUGAGUGGCAAAGCAACUUGUCUCGUGGUAAUCUGUGAAGCCGUGUCUAACAGAAUGAUCUGGCUGCUGGCUCGAGUACACAAGAGGGCCCGCUCAUUGCAUGGCCACCCAGCACCACGCAGACGUGUGGGUCUGGGCUUUCACUACAUAGCAGCUGCCGCUCAAAUCACCAAUAUACGCGGCCGCCCGCGUCUUCGCACAAGCAAUCACAAUGGCGCGCGCGAGGCCUGGGGUCUCACCAUCACGAUUGCACGGGGCACGCCAUCCGACCGGCACAUCAUACCCGUUCGUCGGAUCAUGCUUAAUACGUCUCGCUCCCACUACUACUACCACUAUUUGGAGCAACAUACCGCCCGGAAAGUGAUCCCGCUUGCACCGAGCGUAGCAAGCUACACGGGGCGUAGCAACCAGGCAAGGGCUGCAAGCUGCAAGCUGCACAAGACUGUGCCCUCAAUAAUGGGCAGCACCACACCCUCCCUUCCAACCAGCUGGCUGUGCACCUCAACAUGCCCACAGUCGACAACGCGCUUUAGGACCUCACUCGCGCUGGUACACCCUGCCUGCGACCCUGCGUGAUCCACGAGGCCGGGCCGGGCCGCGUUCUGACCACAUGGGCGUCGUUCCUGCCGGUGGCUUCUCAUUUGAUUCAGAUGGCUGCGUCAUUCAGCAGGCAAUGAGCGAAAACCGCAAGGCGGGAAAUACCUUGGAAUUGGUUCAUACUCAGGACACUGGGGUCCACGCCGACAUCUUUCGCCAUCCGCGCUCAAAUUCGCCUCAUCCUCCCCACUCGUCAUGUGUCUUGACAGCGCCAAGGCUGCCGGCCGCACGACGGAGCGUUGCGAUCGGGCCUGACCGAAUUGUGGACGUCUUCUGGAGGACAAGUCGCU